AUGUUUUCUAUCCGUGCCGCUUGUCUUCUUUGCGCAGCGCUUUUCUCUAUGGUGAAGGGUUUUACCCAUGAAGACAUGAAAGAUGCCAUGCUGAAGAAACUGGGACUUAGCGAAGUACCGAAAAUUCACAAGAGGGACCUGGAGAACCUUUUAAUUCCAGCGCACAUUAAGAACAAAUAUACAUCCAUGCUGAAACUGCACCACGCAAGGAAGCGCCGCUCUCUUCCCAGUUUAGCUGGCAUCCUGAGAGGAAUCCCUGGUAAUGCAGACAUCUCUGGAGAGUUUGUAUACUCUGACAGGACACGUCAACGUGUCGUCUUUGAAAUGAAAUCAAGGAUCCCGGAGAACAGCGAAGUGACCAUGGCAGAGCUGAAAUUAUUCAAGAAAGCUCCACAUAAACGCUCCAUGCCGGAAAGAAAGGCCUACCGAGCCAUCAACAACGCCCGGGUGAGCAUCUACUGGGUGGAAACCCUGGAAGACGGGUCAAACCGAACUUCACUCGUGGACUCAAGGUUGAUUCCCAUUCACGAGACCGGCUGGAAAAGCUUUGAUGUCACCCAGGCGGUGCAGUAUUGGUCGAAGAGUAGCAUGGAGAUGCCAAUGCACCUUGAGGUGUGGAUCGAGGGCGAGAGACCCGGCAGUUACGCGGCAGAGAUGGCAAAGUGUGUCCACUUCACAACUCAGGAUCCAAAUGACAACACUCUGGGAAAACCAGAGCUGGUACUUUACACGCUCAACCUCGAAGAGUUUGGGUCUAGUGGAGAUUGUGAAACCAACAAAGACAAUGAAAUGUGCUGCAGGGAGAAAUAUUUCAUUAAUUUCCGAGCCCUUACUUGGACCCAGUACUGGAUCAUCGAACCAUCCGGUUAUCAGGCGUUCAGGUGCACUGGCGGCUGCCGGCAGCCCAAGCGUAACUAUGGUUACGGAGAGAGAAAAUGCGCCGUUGUGGAGAGCGCGCCACUACCUAUGAUGUAUUUGGUGAAAAGGGGAGACUAUACAGAGAUUGAAGUAGCUGAAUUUCCCAAUAUGAUUGUUGAAAAAUGUGGAUGCACAAUGGAUAAUAUUUCAGUUGUAUGAAUAUGCCACUAUGCCAUCAGCCGGUCUUCAUGACGCACAGUACUUUAAAUCAUAUUAGUAGCAGUUUACGGCAAAAAGUUUUCGGUGUGAACUGCCCCUUAGAGCAAGGGUGUUGGCAACUUAACCCUUAUAAGAUACCUCAAGCACUUUGUAUAAAUUUGUAAAUAUUAUUUUGAUAUGCAUUUAUUUUUUGCAUUUGUAUAU